GUAAAAGGUGUCAGACGCACACUGCAUGGGGAUUCCCCCACGCCAUCUUGACACGGACACGCAACUGCUGACAGAUCGUUUGAUCUUCCUUGUUUGUUUGACAUUUCUGCCAUUGAAAGUCACCAGUUUGAGGCCUGCCCAUCUCGGAAAGGGGGGAGGGGGACAUCAAGAUACAUCUGCUUUUAUGGUCUUAUAGAACAGUUCCAAAGAGGCAUUUCGUCACUGACCAUUUUGAAACAGAACAUGAAGAGCAUGCGACACCAUGGGGGAAUCAGCUGACAGAAACCGAUACAACUGUGAUGGGGGUAAACAGCUGCAACUCAGCAACUAAGAAGUCGAACCACCUGUGGACCCUAAUCGUUUGACAUCACAAUUUCAGAACUCGGCCUCAUCUAGGAGAAUCGUAAACUCUUCACUAUUUUAAACGCUGAAAGGGCAAGAUGAUCUAUAUCCGAGCAGUGUACCCGAAACCGUCUCCUCCCCUCUGACACCCAUUCUGCGCCUCGGGCGGCUGCCAGCAGCCCCAUGGCGGAGCAGCUGCAGCAGGCGCUGGUGCUGUACCGUAAGAGUCAUGACCACAAGCGCGUGCUCUCCGACCAGGACCAGAAGGCGCUGGAACACUCCAUCGCGCGCCUGACGCAAGACAGCCUCAAGCAGCAGACUGGCAUGGCCAGCUUCACUCAUCCUUCCGCCUUCGCCGACGUUAUACGUCGCACAGUGGAGACGGGAAAGUUCCAGGGCGAGCGUGCGGCCAGUGCCUUCAGCACCCUAGAGCGCUACGUCCUUCUUUUGCUGGGGCAGCCUUGGAAGCGGGAGUUCAGAACACUUAAGCUCUAUGGCGGCUAUUUCUGCACGCGGGUGAAAGCGCAUCUGGAGAACCCGGAGCGGAUUUUAUCCAUUGUGGGCUACAGUCUGGGCAAGAGUGAGUCUGGCGGCAACUACUGCCUGGUGCUGGCCAAUCCCCCGGACCGUGAACUUCUUUUGACAGUGGCUUUCGAUUGCCUGGUGGCGUCCGCAGAGUGUCGGUACAUCGGCGAGCGGUACGACAAAAUGAAGUGUUUGAACUUUAGCCUCUUUGAUAUCAUGAACUUUCUCCUUUUCGAGGACCCCAGCCACCCGAUCAGCAGUUCCUCCGCCUUGCUUUCGCCGGCUGCACCACCUCCCCUCACGACACCUGGCGUCAGCGCCAUGCCAGCCCCGCUGCACUCGGCUGCCGUGGUGGGGAGGGGGAGUGCGUUUGACGCGAGCCCCAAAGCGUCCGUGUUUUCAACCCCACAGACGGUAACCGCCGCUGGGGGAAUGGGGUUCGGGGUGGUAUCCACGGCCAGCAGGACCCUGCCGCCCCCGACAUCAGGCCAGGUCUUUGUUUCUGCCCCUCGCAACGUUCACACCCUCCCCCACCCCUUCAGGCCGGGCCCUUCCGCGGACGCGGGUCGCGAGCUGGCGCUGAGGGCUGACCUCGUCACCAGGACUGUCUCCGACGUCAGCGGCCCUCCCAGCCGAGCUCCCUCUAUCGCAUCCUCCGCAAUGCCAUCCAGGAUGACGGGGUCCGCGGCCUUCACAUCCUCCCCGUACGGAACUCACUCUUCGGGCUACGGGACCACGUCUUCGGUGGGGUCGGCGUCGGGCUUUGUGGCAGACAUGGGAACGGCGGCGAUCCCUCCGACCACGUUUCCGGUUCCGAGAGCGGCGCGGCAGUUCCUGCCGCUACCGCCCAAGCAUUCGCCGCUCUCCCCUGCCUUCCCCUACGCCGACGAGGACCCCGUGGACAGCGCCACCGCCUCUUACCCGGAAGGCACGCAGGAGGAGCACAUGCUGGAGAGCCUCCGCAACAUGGAUGUGAGCGGCGGAGGCGUAAGCGGCGCGGUGGAGCAAGUGGUUGGGCCAAAGAGAAGCGUGCCGCUGGUGGCGCCGGACCUCGUGCCGGUGUCCUACGACGACUGGGCCUGGUUCCACAGAGCGCAGAGUAGCGGGCCGCCGCCAUACGACACCGUGGCCGGCACCAGGCCUUACGGGGACUCGAGGCUGGCCCAGCACGUCGGCGUGGAAAGAACGAGGAGCGGUUUACAGCACCCAGCCACGGCUGUAAAGGGGCCAGUCUCCCAGCCUUCAGCUCCCAUGACCAACGGCCAGAUCCAGCAGCUCAGGACAAACAUCGGCCACAGGUCAGGCUCUGCGGAUUACCUUCCAGCCCUCAACAACACCACGCUGCUUCGGAACGCGGUGUCACCGGUGCCAGGGCCUCUUUCAGAGUCUGCGUUGAGCAGAACUCACGAGAGGGGCUUUGCCACCUGUGACAUGGUCAGUUCGGCUGUGGGCGCCAACAUCGCCGCCGCCAACUCCUCCUCCACAGCCACCUCGGCCGGAACGUUCUUCACGCCGUCAGCAGCAAAUCCCAACAGUACGCUGGGGUACCACACCGUGGCCUACCCUCUGUCCAGUGACCCGGGAUAUUUUCAGAGACAGCCAGCCACCACAGCGGGAGUGACCGCACCGCCAGGAACCCAGCACAAGCAACAGGUCUCCACUUUCACGGACAUGGUGGACAUUAAUAGAUCCAGCGGCUCGCACCUGCUUUCUCGCCAAGCCUCGUCCAACGGCUUCAUGCUGAGCAGCAACGGUGCGGAUACUCUCCAUACCGUGAAGCACUUUAGCCCCUCGAUAGGGUCAUCAGCCGAGUCUUGUGCGGGCAUCGUGAUGCGAGAAAAGGUCGCCUCGAUGACCUCCUCCCGCAUCAGCUCCCUGUCCAACCCGGAUCGGCCGCACAACAGCCCAGCGCCGGUCUGCCUGGAUCGCCAGGCCUCGCACAGCAUGGACCUUGGCGCCCUCAAGUGGCGCUGCCGUCGGUGUACGAUGGAGAACUCGGCGCACGACACCGUCUGCGUGGCCUGCUUCAAGAGCCGCGCCGGGCCGGACGUGCAGUACCCUGAAGCGGGUGAAAGCAAGCUGGUGUGCCCCGUGUGCACCCUAGAAAACAACCCAGGGUGCGCAAACUGUGACGCCUGUAACACGCCUUUACCGCAAGGCGUGCACACUUACGUGUAGCGUCUUCGCACGCACUCACGCAUGCGCGGUGGUAUGCUCGUUGAUUAGUUUGCUUGCUUGUUUGUGCGAGUGUCUUUGCAAAAGAAAAAAAAAACGCUCCUCUUCAUCACAAAACGAUGUUUGUAUCCGAAAAUGUGGAUCUUGUUAACGAACUAUUUUAUGUAUGUUUUAGCCCAAUGUUUUGCUGUGUCGGUAUCUUUCGCAUGUGCCCCCGUCUUUUCUCAAAAUGUAGCUCACAGAAGCAAUCAUUUCCACCAAACAUUGUGAUAAGUAAUGUACAGUCGAUUAAGUCGUCAGUAUGAGCUGUCCAAGCCUAGUUGUAGUGGUUGGGAUGGCAUUGUAUCUGCUUUUUUUUUUUUUACUGCAUUUUUAAAGCUCUUGUUCACGAUGGGAAGUUGCACUGGCACCUUCAGGACUGGGAUAAGGAAGCAUCAACGUUACUCCGCAAGUCAGUUAGCAUAAGGUGGGUGGUGGGGUAGGUGGCUGUUAGCUGGACCGCGCCGGUUUUUGCUACACAAUAACGGAAACUCACGAAUUUAGGUGGCGUUGGUUUUCCACAUAUUUCAUAUCUGUGUGCAGGUAUUGGUGAUCCUUCCGUGUGUGUGUGUGCGCGCGCGCGUGUGUGUAUGCAAUUUUGCGCUCAUUAGUGACAUAAGAUUAAGAAAAUCAGUUUAACCAGUGCUCGUAUUUUCUACUGUUGGAAAUAUUUUCCAGAUGGAUAGACCUACUUUAGCCUUUGUUUUUACCUGCACGGACGCUCGCACACACAGAGGCAUGACUGCGUAGCAAGUCGCAUUUGAGAACAAAACUGGCUGCUUAUUUCCUUCUUUCAUUUUAGUCUUUUCAUUAUUGUUCCACGUUAUCUUUCGGUAUUUUCAUAUUUUCCCGAGGUUUGUUUGAUCUAUAGUUUAGAAAGGAGUGUUUAAACUUCAGUCUAGAUAUAAAAUUUGUCUAUUUUUCGCUCGCAAGGAAUGUUCAUUAUUUUCGGUUUUGUUUUAGACCCAGUCUUGUGUAGUUUCACAAAUACGCAUUCUAAUUAUUCUGACGUCAACAAUUGAUAAUGGACGAUAAAAAUAAGGAAAAAAUGUUGUUCCUAGUUGACGUUCUAUUUUUAUUUUUAAUGCUGUCACACGAAAAGCUCAUUUUCGCCGUACAAGUCACGUUAUCCAGCUUUUGUUUAUGUUGGGGCUUAGAGGAGACUUAAUUGCUUCACGGCUUCACAACAGAAGAUAAGUGGAGAACAAUAGGCAUAUAGCAAGUGUUAAAACGGAUACAAUAAUAUUCGAGGUGUGUGUGUGUGUCUGAGAGAGAUAAAUUGUUGUGUCGUGUCAGAGGGUCGGUGACGAUCAAAUCGAGGACAUGAGACUUCACCUUUGUUUCGGGCUAUAUGCCUUUUGAGCGCGAGUGUCAGUCAUGUAACUUUGUUAGCGAGUGAAAUGUUCAGUUGGGUUAUGCUGUGGCACAGGUGGCAGCAAAAGGUACGAGAACUGGCCCGUUUUAAAUUUUAUGUUCUUGAUAUUCUGGAAAGAUCUCACGUGAUAACAAGAAGGCCAAUAACCAACCUUUCACAAGUUUGGGAGUUGCACGGUGCUACACUCUUCAGCCUUCUAGCACCAUUUCUGCUAAUAUUAUUACUAUUUCAAUAGUUGAGCUGGCACUAUAGAACAACAUUAAUAUUUGAAAAUGGAUGGCAAAUAAAGUCAACGAUUAGGUUUCACCGUGUACAAAGCAUAACAUUUCUAAUCAGUGUUUAAUGUUGUGCAAAGACAAUUUUAAAGAUAUAAACUUUCAAACACAAGGAUUUGAGUUGUAUAGAACAUGUUCAUAGACACCUGUGUGUGUGUGUGGACGUACUUUUGUUCUGAGUUUUGUUGUGAGACUGAUGAUUGCAAGAGGAUUGUUAUGCUGACACAUCAAACACAAGAUGUCACGAAAAUGUAUUUUUAAACAAUCAGUUAUGUUGUUGGUCGGCAUGUGUCGCUGUUGCAAAAGCCCAUCACUCCGCCUGCAAUUUUAAAAGACGAUUGUCUUUUUACCUCUGUUCUUUAUAUUACUGUCAGUGUCGACAGUGCAUAUGUCAAAAUAUUCGGUUAGCUUAAAUGUUGAUCGGUUGUUGCUUCAAAUGUCAACGUCGACAGCAAGUAACUCGUGCGAUUUUACUGGAUAAUAAAAGUGAAAUAGUCUCCCUUUACACUCAACCUUACGGAUGUGAAAAAUACACUCGGGAAAAAUG